GGAGCUGCAGCUGACCAUAGAUACAAUGGCCUCACACAGUCAGAUCCUAAUCCGAGGGGGCAAGAUAGUCAAUGACGACUGUUCGUUUUUCGGGGACAUCUACAUUGAAGGUGGGCUGAUAAAAGAUGUUGGAAAAAACCUGAGCCCUGCGAGGUCUGAAGGGUUAAAAGUCAUAGAUGCCACAGGCAAACUGGUAUUUCCAGGGGGCAUCGAUACGCACACACACUUCCAGUUUCCAUUCAUGGGAUCGCAUACUGUCGAUGACUUCUACCAUGGAACCAGGGCUGCGGUGGCCGGAGGAACAACCAUGAUCAUUGACUUUGCCGUUCCAAGGAAAGGCUGCUCACUAAUCGAAGCGUUCGACACAUGGCGGAGCUGGGCUGACCCCAAAGUAUGCUGCGACUACUCCCUACACGUGGCGGUGACCUGGUGGAGCAAAAAGGUGAAAGACGAGAUGGUCGUCCUAGCCAGAGACAAAGGAGUCAAUUCUUUCAAGAUGUUCAUGGCCUACAAGGACCUGUACAUGGUUAAUGAUAUGGAGAUGUACCAGGCGUUCAGCUGCUGUAAGGAAAUUGGAGCCAUCGCUCAGGUGCACGCGGAGAAUGGGGAUCUGAUCGCUGAGGGGGCUAAGAAAAUGCUGUCCCUGGGGAUCACAGGACCGGAAGGCCAUGAGCUGUGUCGACCAGAGGAGGUGGAGGCAGAAGCUACGCAGAGAGCCAUCACUAUCGCCAACUCUGUCAACUGCCCGCUAUACGUGGUCCAUGUGAUGAGUAAAUCUGCUGCCAAUGUCAUUGCCAAUGCACGGAGAGAAGGCAAAGUGGUAUUUGGGGAACCCAUAGCCGCCGGCCUUGGCACUGAUGGCACACAUUAUUGGCACAAAGACUGGAGUCAUGCUGCCGGGCAUGUGAUGGGACCCCCACUGCGUCCCGAUCCAACCACCCCGAAAUAUCUAAUGCAUUUACUUGCAAAUGAUGACCUAAGUGUUACCGGGACAGAUAACUGCACAUACAACACCUGCCAGAAAGCGCUCGGUAAAGACGACUUCACCAAGAUUCCAAAUGGAGUGAACGGCGUUGAGGACCGGAUGUCUGUGGUCUGGGAGAAAGGAGUGCACAGCGGUGAUAUGGACGAGAACAGAUUCGUAGCGGUCACCAGUUCCAAUGCAGCCAGGAUUUUUAACAUGUAUCCAAGGAAAGGGAAAAUAGCUAAAGGCUCUGAUGCCGACAUUGUUAUCUGGGAUCCAGAAGCUACAAGGACUAUUUCAGCUAAAACUCAUCACCAAGCUGUCAAUUUUAACAUAUUUGAGGGAAUGGUUUGCCACGGAGUUCCUCUGGUCACCAUUGCUGGUGGAAGAGUCGUGUAUGAAAAUGGAACCCUGAACACUGUAGCCGGUCACGGCAAAUACAUCCCAAGAAAACCAUUCGCUGACUAUGUCUACAGCAGGGUUCUGAAGAGAGAUGAGGUAUGUCAACCAGUCCCGGUGCAGAGAGAACCCUACAGAGGCGAAGUUAUCCAGUUAAAAUAAAUGGCGCAUCAUUUUCAGCAGGACGAUGAAUCCAUGAUGGCUGUGAAAGCUGGAAAACCAAGCAAAACCAACUCAAAACCAGAGAACACGCGAUCAUUCCAUGACUCUCCAUUUCUUGUGCUUCUCUGCUCCGCGCUUGUCUGUUCGGUAUGUCACAUUGGUGCUCCGGAGUGGCUACUAUAUGUGAAGAUUUUAGAAAAGGCAGAACUCAAGUGUCUGUCAUAUAAAAAGAAUAUUGGCUUUUUUUAAAGGGUACCUUUCAUCAAAAAAACUUUUUAUAUAUUAUAGAUUAAUAUAUGCAGAACAUCUUUCCAAUUGCAUGCUAUAAAAAAAAUAUGCUUCUUUAUAUUACAUUUUCUACCAUGACCACUCGAGGUCUCCCUACCAGUCCUGGCCGCAAGCCCUUUUUAUAGAUUUCAGACUCAUGCUGGAAUCCUAAAUCUCAGACUGCAGCCGGGACACAGACAAGCUCAGCACUGCUCCCUACCUGUCAAUCAUACAGGCAGGAGCCAGCACUAGGCUCAUAGCACAGCAGGGCAUACUCCUGACUCUGCCUUACUGCAUGCCCUCAUUCAUUUUACUAUCUGAGCUCCGAUCUUUCUUCUCUCUGCACAUGCAGUUGGAAACAGAGAGUAGGAGAUUCAGAUCUGCCAGCUGAGCUUGUCUGUGUCCCGGCUCCAGUCUGAGAUUUAGGACUCCAGCAUGAGUGUGAAAUCUAUAAAAAGGGAUUGUGGCCAGGACUGGUAGGGAGACCUCUAGUGGUAAUUUUUUCAAAGUGGAAAAUUAAAUAGAAAAAAGCAUAUUUUUUAAUAACAAGCAAUUGGAAACAAUUCAAACAGACUGGCUAACUCCAACGCGUUUCAGGCCUUUGUGGGCCUUAGUCACGGUGUUAGCUGAGAAGUAUAAUAAAUAUCCAUCAUGCUGGAGUUCUUCCUUUUCUACUAUCUUAACGUGUUGCCCUCUUUUUCCUGUGAUCGAGCUGGAGGUACACAUGCUUCUAUAUUGUUGAUGGCUGUAACCAUUGUCAGCCAUUUUGGAACCUAUAUGUGAUUCUCUGUUUACGGAGCAUGCAUUAUAUCACAUCUUUUUGUCGAGAAGUUUUUAUUUGCUAUAACAUCCAUAUAUGUGUCACCUACCAAAUAUAUAUUGAUAUAUAUCA